CAUCAUUUAACACUGAGGUGUAAUCAUUGUUCUCUCAAAGCAAUCACCAUGUCAGCCCUGGCGUUGGUUCUCCUUGUAUUGAUCUUUGAGAAUUCAGCAGGAGCUCAGGACAAGCUUGUGGUUUCCUUCACACCAAACUGGGCCUCGAUAAUCAGAGGAGAAUCAAUCAAUAUGACGUGUAACGGGGCUGAUAGCACACAGUUUUAUGUCUGGUACAAAGAUCAGAAACUAGUUAAAGUUGGAUUAGGAGUUAAUCAAUAUUCAAUUGACUUUGCGUACACCUGGCACAGUGGUGAUUACUUGUGUGAAACCGUGAAUGCUACAAGUGACCCUGUAAGACUGGAUGUCAGAAAUGUAAAUCUCCUCCUGCAGGUUCCUCAUUCUGUCUAUGAAGGGGACAGCGUGUCUCUGAGAUGUCACAGUUAUCCUGGAUACAGUGCUGGAGGAACAAUAUUUUAUAACAAGGACAAUGAGAUCAUACAAUCCACAGGAGAAGAAACUCUUUCAUUAGAAAAAAUCAGUAUGGGUGCAGCAGGACAUUACAGCUGUAAAAAAACAAUAUUUUAUGGUAAUCAGAAUGACCACCAGCAUAUCGCUGAAGGAACUCUUGCUGUAAAAGAGCUGUUCUCUUCUCCCCAUCUUGACGUGAACCCACAGGAAGUGACAAACGGUGCGAACAUGACCCUGACAUGUAAUAGAAUGUCCAAAUCUGCCCCAGACCUGCUAUUUGCUUUCUACAGAGGAAAAAAGACGGUGAAGGAGUUCAGUCCAUCCAACAAGUACCAGGUUUGGUCAACUAAGCCGAAUCACUCGGGAAAUUAUACCUGUGAGGUCAGAACAUCAAACUAUAACGUAAAGAAGAGAAGCCCUGUGCUACAUAUCCAGAUACAAGCCCAUUAUCCACUCAGUGGUGAAAAAAAGAAGUUCAAACCAAACAAAAUCUGAAUGUCUUGAGAUCAUCUCUAACGAUGUCAGCUUUAACUAGCAUCGGGGAGCUGUCACUGGCUGUCAUGGCCUCGUAACACCACAUAUGUAGCUGAUAAAGUAAAGCUGAUCCUCUACGAAUCACGCUAAUUAAUCUCAUUCCUAUACCUACGCAUGCUACCAAAUGCAAAGAUGCUUCUUCAGCUUGGACUUCCUGCCAAUGGGGCAUAAUCAUCUUCCUAGCUUCAUAUAUUUCAGCAAAAUAAAAACUAAAAAAAAUAUUGGAUUGCUUCGUGCUCCUUACCCUCCAUAAGGAAUUUAGAUUAAAUACACUCCAAUGAAAAAAAGUUACCUGCGCUCUCUCCGAAAUCCUUAUGUAUAUUUAAACAAAUGGAGGUUAGUUAGUUACUCCAAUGGCCAUUGGACG